AUGGCGGAGUCAGUGGAACAGCGUUACAAGGACAAGGUGACAAUAGUCACUGGAGGGUCUAAAGGCAUCGGAAGGGGUUGUGUCGAAGUGUUUGUAAAACAUGGAUCAAAGGUGGCGUUUUGUGCAAGGGGAGAAAAAGAGGGUAGAGAACUGGAGGCAGAAAUGAAUAAGCGUGGUCCCGGGGAAGCCUUCUUUCUCACGUGUGAUGUUUCCGAAGAAGCCGAUAUAAUGCAUGUGAUUGCCAAAACAGUUGAGAAGUAUGGGAAGAUUGAUUGUCUCAUCAACAACGCCGGACAACAUCCCCCACGCACGUCCAUAGAUGAGAUAUCUGGGGAUGACUUCCGCCGACUAUUGGAUGUGAAUCUUGUCGGUAUUUUCCUGUUCUCCAAGAUUGCUUUGCCAUAUCUGAGAAAAACCAAAGGCAACAUCAUCAACGUUUCCAGUUUAGCUGGACAGAUAGGUCAGUCUGGCGCCACAGCCUACGUCUCCACCAAGGGCGCCAUCACCUCCUUCUCAAAAGCCCUGGCAAUAGACGAAGCAGAACACGGAGUUCGUGUGAAUGUAUUUUCCCCAGGAAACGUGUGGACUCCCAUGUGGGAACAGGAAGCCAGGUGGAACCCCGAUCCCGCGGCAGCCAAACAGGCUGGGAAGGAUGCUCAGCUGAUAGGACGCUUUGGUACGUUGGAGGAGAGUGGCCUCCUUUGUCUUUAUCUCGCUGCUGAAGCCACCUUUUGUACUGGGACCGUUGUGAAUAUGUCGGGCGGUGCAGAGCUGGACUUAGGCUACAAAAAUAAAAUGAAAAAGUCAGAAGAGUGGAAAUAA